AUGGCCUUUCGGCUCGUCGACACAGCGACUCUCCGCAUGAGGCGCUUCACAGCCGCCAACGUGCCGAAAUAUGGAAUCCUCUCACACACGUGGGUCGAUGGCGAGGAAGUCAACUUCCAAGAGAUGACCCAGAUCGUCGAUAGUCCCGGCCACCCCGCCAGGCAGCGAUCUGGCUACAACAAGAUUGUGCGGACGUGCGAGGCAGCUCGAGACCAGGCUCUUGGGUACGUCUGGAUCGACACGUGCUGCAUAGACAAGAGCAGCAGCGCCGAGCUCAGCGAGGCCAUCAACUCAAUGUUCCAAUGGUACCAGAAUGCAGACUUGUGCUUCGCUUUCCUCUCGGACCUUGAACCUUACGCGUGCCUGCCUGACGUGCUGGAUCAAUGCCGAUGGUUCACACGGGGCUGGUGUCUUCAGGAAUUGCUCGCUCCAAGGGACAUCGUUUUCCUCAACAGCGCGUGGCAAACAGUCGGGUCAAAGAUAGAGCUCAGCAGACUACUGUCGGGUAUCACCAACAUCGACACGGGCAUCCUGGCCGACGGCAGACUCAUCUACAACUGCCCAGUGGCUCAGCGGAUGUCUUGGGCUUCCAAGCGCAAGACAACAAGGACAGAAGACAUGGCAUACUGUCUUCUAGGGAUUUUUGACGUCAAUAUGCCUCUGCUCUACGGUGAAGGGAGCAAGGCUUUUCUCCGUCUGCAGGAAGAGAUCAUCAAGCGCUCAAAUGAUAUGUCCAUCUUCGCUUAUGCACCGCCAUCCGAAGAGAGUGCCCUCAGGUUUCCGAGGUUCGAAUGCUACGAAAUCGACGAGCCACCGGAGGAGAAUCAGUAUUGCGACUUGUUUGCAAACUCGCCUCGCUUGUUCGACAGCUGCAAGAAGUUGGUUCGCUGGGACACCGAAUUGGUUCCCAGCCAGUCCUUUACACUGACGAACAACGGUCUUUACUUCCGAGCAGCUAGUUUCGAGGUUGGCGGUGAGAUUGAAGACUAUAGGAUGUCGUUGAAUUGCGGGACCAAAGGAGAUGGGACAGUUAAAACACCCCACUACCUGUAUUUACGAAAGAUUGGCCCUGGCCUGUUCGUAAGGCUUCGAAAUCCAACACCCAGAAGACACUCGUCCAUCCACAGAGCGGCGCUGCAGACCUACAGCGAAAGGGAGGAGGCUUCUAUAGUCACGACUAUCACACCCAACAUCCUAGAUGGUCUGAAGCCAGAUAAAUUUCGAACAAUCCAGAUCAGAUUCGAUCAGGCGCUGAAAUUCAGGAACAUCAUUCAAUCUGUUAGUCCAAGGGACCGUUGGGAUGCGGCCGGCCUGCAGUUCCUCACAACCGCCGGGAUACCCUUCGAUGGACAUCUGAAAGUCUUCCCUAGUCUUCUAGGCCUCGGGCCAUACGGAACAUCUGGUGGGGAAUACUUCAUCUUGACAUGUGGGUUUCGGCGUCAGUUUCUCUGGGAAAACGCCCAGUUCGAUCCCGUGGAGAGCCCUUGGCCGUGGGUGGCACUGUUUUCUGCGGAGCAAUGGCACGACCUUGAAAGAAAGCACGGGGAAAGGACUGCUCUGCUGAACAGACGAGUUGCGUUGAAAUUGGAUGAGGUUGUCAAGCUAAAGGUGGGACGCCAGGAAGUUGUUGCGAACGUACAAAUGCACCCAACAUACAAGGCCAGAUUCCGUAUUAACUUACGAAUGGAGCACGAACCAAUCGCUCUCAGUGACUGGAUACAACAACCUCUGCGUUCAGCACUGAACAAGUUCUAG